AUGAUCGUCAUCGAUGACUCGCCCUCCUCGCCGGCCGCCGCGCCUGCCAGCGGACCCCUCUGCGGAGGAAAGAGCUCCAGCCAACAGCGAGAUGAAGAAGACGAGGCGUGGAUUCAAAGCGGCGGCUCCCGAUGCCCCAUUUGCUUCCUCGCCCUCUUCAAGGAUGUCGCUGCACUCAUGGGCUGCGGUCACACCUUUCACCUCGCGUGCAUAGAGAGAUGGUUUACUCAGCGCGGCGGGCGCUCCCAGAAGCCGACCUGCCCGUACUGCGCCAAGGAGUACGCUUCGCGGCGCUACAUUCUCUCUCUCCAUUUCGACAUCCCCGAUCCGUCUUCGCGUCUUUCGGCGCUCAGAGCGGCCUCAGGCUCCGCGCCAGAGGAUGUAGAGACCAAAGUCCGGCGUCUCGAGCUGGAACUGGAAGUUGCAAAGAGAGAGAAGUUCGCCGCGACCGAGGAGGCUACUGGGCGAGCGGCAGCGCUGGAGGCCCUCGAGGCUCGCGAAGAAGAGCUCGUGCGGCUCCUGAAGGCGGAAGAGGAAACGAGGGAGAAGCUCGCCGAGCGCGUGGAAGUCCUCGAAGAAGCGCGGACGCGCGAGCAGGAGGCCCGGGAGAACGCCGUUCGCACCUACGACGAAAACCGGCGAGUACUGGAAGAAAAAUAUCAACAACUCUCCAAAAAAUACCAUGCCCUUCAGCUCCUCGCCGCAGUUGUGAAGGAGGAGCGCCUCGAAGGCGCGACGCUGCUGGACAAAAUACGCAAGCUGCCCGGCCUCAGCGCAGAUGAAAAGCUCGCGCGACUCAUGCCUCUCGUCGAGUUCCUGAAGAGGUUGAAGGCAGCGCGUGGCGAGGAGCUGAAGAAACUCAAGAAAGAAAAUUUGCUUCUCCGCCGGAGGCUGCACGCUUUGGUGCUUGGAGACGCUGCCGAAUGCAGACGAGAGAAAACCGCCGCGGCAGGCGCCGCGACUCGCCUACCGAGCAACAGAGAGCAAAGGCACGAAGAGCGCGAUAUUUCGCUCUCUUCUUCCUCAUCUUCUUCCUCCUCAUCGUCUUCCUCUUCCUCGUCUUCUUCUUCUCUGGCCUCAACGAGGCAAGCCUGCGAGACUCUGGAGAAGGCCGGCCGGAGCGAGUCGGCUCCUCCGGGGUCGUCUUCGGGCCUGAGGUUCCGGCGCGAUGGCGGCGGAGGCGGGGGGCGAACGGAGGGCUGUCGCUCUUUCGCUUCUUCCUCGAGCUCGGCCUCGACUCUGUCUCCUUGCGGCCGCAGUCUCGGCGGGUCUCGAGGGGCCUGCGAAGUCGCUUUUUCUGGGUCCUCCCAGCGCGAGACCGAGGGCGCGCUCGGAGACACACGGCGGGCGCGACCGCAGACUGGACUGGAGGCCGCGGACCUGGCUCUCGCGGAAGGCGAACGCGCUUGGGAUCGCGAAAGAAGAAGGAAAGAGCGCAAAGGGGGCGGAAGCGAGAGGAAAGAAAGACCAAACCCCGCUGAGGUGGGGGGGGCGCUGGCGGAAGAGGCGAACACGCGGGCGCAGGCCGCGGCGAGGCGAAGGGCGGGCAGAGAAGACGACUCUUCUUCGGCGCCUCUCGGGGGAUCGCGUGGAGAGACGUUGCGCGGGCGAGGAGGAGGCGGAGACAACGCAUGUGGAGACAGUGAAGUCCUCUGGAGGAAGCGGCGCCGCGGGGCAUACAGCGAGCGAAGGCAAGGCUCUUCAGGGCUUAAACGGCAGCCGAGAAGCGCAGAGCUGUGCGCGAGAGAACGAGGCAGCGGGGAGGCGUUCGCGGACCAGAACGGCGCGUUGUCCCUACACCACUGGGAGCCUUGCGAGUUGGGCGCGCAUCCGCCGUUUGCGGCAGAGCUCGCUAGUUCCGCUUUUCUCGAGGAGCGCGAGGGGCGAGGAGAGCGCAGAGGAAGGAAUGAAUCUGGUCGGAGAGAAGAGAGUGAAACGCAUGCCCUAGCGGCAGGUGGAACCGACGAGGAAGAAGAGGGGGGCUGGCGAGCAAGAAGAGGGAGACGGCACGCUCGCGGAGGCUUUGGGAGCGACUUCGCUGAGGCCUGCACACAGAGAGAACAGGACGAGGAAGCAGCAACUCAGCUUGACAGCGAAGUCGGCUCUCUCCUUGACGGCCCCUACCGUCUGGACGGGGCACUGGAGGGUUCACUUCUGCUGGCCGGUGGCGCCCGCCAGGCUGCAAAGAGCAGCACGAGAAGUGGCGGAUUCUCUUCGGCGUCUUCUCCGUCUCCAGCUGUCCCUUCUGCCCUCUUUCCUUCGCGCGCGUGGGGCUCUGCGGCCUCUCCUUUGUCGUCCUCCUCUGCAGCUUCUCUGCUGAAUCGAAGAACGGCCUCUCCAGCCGGUCGCGUCCCCGACCGUCUCGAUGCUUCUUCUGAGCAGCUGUGGAGAGCCGACGACUUUCUCACGUCUUCGCCGAUGCGCGGCGGAGCGACAUCCGCGCAUCUGCCCGUCCCUUCCUUCAUCGCGCAUUUUCUCAACUCACCUUCUUCAAGCCACGAGCGGCAGCGAGCACGCGCGACAGACGGUGGGGAAAAAGAAAACCGGCCUACUGCGUCUGGAGGAGAGCUUGCGGCCUUUUUCGGCCGCUCACCUGUCUCAGAUGCCCGCCUACAGCCUCAGGACGCGCGGGGCGAGCGGCAAACCGCGUUUGAGCGUGCUGAUCUGUCUGCGUGUGGAUUCGCUUCGCGGGAAAACUCUCAACAAGUCUCUGUCGACCCUGCGCCGGCCUAUGACGUAGGAGGAACUGCUGCGGAGCGGCCAGCCGAUGGAACGCGGCGCCGGCAAGCGAGGGGUGAGCUUGGAGCGGAAGAAAACUCGCCACCUCGAUCGAAAGGGCGCUGUGGUGAAACGCGGGUUUCAUGCGGCUCUCCGGCGGCCACGCCUGAAACGCGCGAGAAACAGAGUCGGUGUAGACGCGCGUCUUCUUCCUCGUCUCCUGAAGUCCUUUGUGCAGCGGACGCUUCCUCUGGAUGCGAGAAAACCCGCGAGGCGAGAGGCCCCACCGGUUCGCGCGGUGUAGGUACACUCGAAGACGGCCAUCAGGCGAAAGAGGUUCCUGCCCCAUCAGGUGUACGUACACGGGGAGGCGGCAGGGCGAAGCAGAGUGCCGCGCUCGCGGGGGAAACGGACGAGCUGCGGUGUGCCGGCCUCAGUAGUGCGCGGACACAACGAGAAGGCGGAGGAGAAAGGGUAGGGGAAGAGAAAAUCGUAAGCGCCGAGAGCGACGCGGAGACGCUUCGUGGCACUGGCUCAGAAGAAUCCGAAGCGAGCUCGGAUGAGAGCCAGGAGAACGACGACGCGCCGGCAAUCGCUCUCGGCCGCUCAGAGGAGAAACGAAAAUGGGGCUCUCUGCAGCCGUAUCGACCGGAGAGCUCAAAGGCAACGAUGACAACGAAGGGCAGUUCUCUGCGGUUGCGGCGGCGGAAGCCUUCGAAGACGAGCCGAGGAAAGAGUUUCAUGGAGAAGAAGAGCGACGAAGCGCGCGGCGCUUCUGCAGGCGCUGCGGCAAAGCCCCGUUUCGCCUCAAUCCAGCGCCGACACCUUCACCAGGGCAAAGCCGGGACGGUCUUGGGGAGUCUUUUGAUUCGCGGGACAUUUUCAAGCCGUGGGGGAAUCACGUUCGCCGUCCAGAACUCCGUUGAAAAGCGUGUGUUGAACUAG